CCGCUGAGGGCGAGAAAGUUUCGACUCGAGGAGGAAGGAUUAAAGCAGGUGUUCUAGAUAGAUGUGAUGAGCACGUGUUGAGAUGCAAGUAAAAACCGUGAGUUCCGAAGAAUAAUAACUGCAACCGUAACGCAUUUCCUAAGGGAAAGUUUGUAAGUUUGACCUUUGCGUUUAGCUUUUGGCAAUGGACGUUAAUAGACAAUAUCUUUCCUCUCUUCUGUCGGUGUUUACUUUAUCGACUGCAUAAAUAUUUUUCACUAAGCGAUUUACUUUGAAAGAAUGAAAUAUUGUGUUCAAACUCCUCCUAAUCUACAAAAAUCUGUUUUUUUUUCCAACAUUAAUCUCCAUUAUAUGUGUUAAUAUCCUCAGACUGAAAUAUAUGUAGAGCUUAAAAUAGUGGGGAAAAAAGUUAUUUGUUAAUACAUGUAGAGCUUAAAAUAGUGGGAAAAAAGUUAUUUGUUAAUACAGACCUCCACAUAUUUCUAAUGUUAUAUAAGGUUUGUCUUCAAAUGAGAAGGGAUGGAAAAGCCAUGUAUUUUAUUUUGUGCGAUAUUAGAAAGAUUUUGCUUGAUAAAUAAAUUUGCAUGACUUGCUGCCUGAUGUCGCCCAGACAAGAAGUUAGAUGAUUUUUAAUUUUAGUUUAUUUUUAGUUUGUUAUAUUUUAGAAGCGUCAUUAGCUGCUGGUAAAUAUAGUAGGAAACGUUUUUCUUGUACUGCUUAACAAAUAAAAAGCGUUCUUGAUAAUUUUGGCAAGUAUUCAAUUCUGUUAAAGAAUCAUAAAGAGCCAUCGUUUAUAGACUGCUUGCUAAGACUAUAGAGUACGAAGUAAUGAAUGUAUCUUAUUUAUCUUUCAUUUUGAUUUAAAAUAAGAUUAGGUUUCUUAUAAAUAUUCAUCUAAAUUUAAACCUGUUUUCACUGUUAUAAACAUAGGUAGUCAAUUAGAACAUUACUUACAGUACAUUUUAUUAUUCAACGGAAGCGACUCUCAAGGUAAUCAUAAUAGCAAUUAAGAGUGUUUUGAAUCUUGAAAAUAGAAAUUUUUUGAAAAUUUUUGCUAACGGUGUAACAAAACAGCCUUAAUAGUAUUAAAAUUUCCAGUAUUUCUUUUAUUCUCGUAGCUUUUGUAAAUACCUUUUAAAAUGAAAUUAGUUCCUUCUGCAUCAAGAUUUGUUUUAUCAAAAGUGCCAAACUUCAGUUUUUCUAUGAAAUUCACUUUUGUAAAUAUAUGAAACUCUAUCAAAAAUGUACAAAUAGUUUGAAAAUAGUCAUUAUAAUAAUCUAUUUUCUGUAAUACUACAUUGACGUAAGAUCAACAGUAUUAUAUAUUAUUGUGCUAAAAUUUAAGCUGUGCCGAACAAAGAACAUUUUAACUAAAAUACUAGAACUACAGAAUAUAAAGAAGAGAACUUUAGUUUUGAAAUAUUAUCUGACUUGGAUACCUGAACAAAAUUCUAACAACGAAUGUUAAUAUUUGAAUGUAUUUUCGCAUAAUAUUUAUGGUUGUGAUAGGCUUAAUAUAACAUAUGAAACUUAUGGCAGUUGUAGAGAAGAAAUAUAUUAGCUAUCAAGGCUAAGAAAUGUUAUUAAAUGCAAGCAUCUGCUUAGUGUCAAUUCUGUCUACUGAAUUAGCGCUUGCAAGAAAAUCACCAAAUAAUACCACGUUAGAAACAUGAGUUUUAAACUUUUCCUAGAAUGUAGAGUUUCUUUACAUAGAAAUCUGGCAGCUUAUAGGACGUUGCUAACGUAGACUUAGGAACAAUAUAUAUUCGUAGUUAUAGAGAUAUCUUUUCGGUCAUAAAGCGAACGGUUACAUAAAUAAAGAGAUGAGAGCUAAUGCAUCUUCUAUUCACCCAAUGGCCUCUGACAGCGUUCAGGACUGUCGACGUUGUAGCAAGGAUUCACAAAGAUCAUCACUCGCUGUUGACGUUACGAAACGUUUUCAACUGAUGACAUCUAGCGAUGCAGCCCCCAAACGCAACCAGCGGAAGGGGCGAAGGACAACGGUCGCGUGUUUGCCUCAAGGAUCUGAGACAUUUCUCUUAGAAAAUGAGCCUGACGUGGACAGAAGCCAUCAUCAUAGUUUGACAGAGCUUUCAACGUUUGGAAUCUACAGAGAACCUAGGCAUAAAACGAGCAAUGGAAGUAGAGUAAGAACAAGGUCGAGCGAUGAGAUAUUUCUGGAAGACGUUCAAGAUGAGGAUCUCGAGCCUUCGUCCUUUCCAUCACCUUCAGCCCCUCUCAGGGAUAACGAAGAAAUGUCAACUCUUUACUUUCGGGAUGGAGUUCGGAAAAUUGACUUUGUCCUUGCCUUUCAAGAUUCUGAUUAUAGGCGUAAUGAAUUCAGGAAAAUGUUCCAGGAGAAUCUCAGGAAAGCCGGAUUGGAAAUAGAGCUUGAAGACAAAUCACUUUCUCAAGAUGGGAAAACGUAUUUCCUGAAAAUUCAUGCUCCUUACAGUAUUCUUAGAAAGCAUGCUGAGGUGUUGAAUAUCAAGAGACCUAUCAAACCUAAGUAUGCAGAUGGAGAUGUUUGGGGUGAGGAUUUCAAGCCGGUGAAAGAGAAAGGUCUUAGCAGUUUCUUCCUCGGAUCUUUCAAAGAUCUUUUCAGCUAUGAUCGCACUCUUAUUCCGGAUGACAUUGACAAGAAUGAUGUAAUACACGGUUCCACUACGAACGGGAUCAUCCGACCGGAUAUAAUAAACUAUACAGACGCACAGAGGAGCCGAAUUGUUUGGGAAAUACUCAUCAGAACGCCACAUCACGGGGACGGCAGGGCAAGCACUGGUGUUUUGUACCUUGUUAGCAAUGGAACAUACACAGCGGCUUAUCCUUUGCAUGAUGGUCCAUAUGGAAAAGGUGCAUUCAAAAGAGAAGAAGAAGAACCGAAUGCAAGAAGGCUAUUAUACAGUGAGUGGGCAAGAGCAGCUUGUUGGUACAAACGGCAACCAUUGGGACUUAUACGGCGCUAUUUCGGAGAGAAGACUAGUUUGUACUUUGCUUGGCUGGGUUUCUACACAACCAUGCUCAUUCCAGCUGCUUUCCUAGGAUUGUUGACGAUGAUUUAUGGAGUUAGUACAAUGAAUAGUAACAUUCCCAGCAAAGAGAUCUGUGAUGAGCAAGGUCCAGGAGAGUUCGUUAUGUGUCCUCAGUGUAAUCGUCGUUGUGAUUAUUGGAGGCUGAAGGAAGGGUGCCUAUUUAGUAAAAUAGUCCAUUUAUUUGAUAACGCAGUGACAGUGGGUUUUGCGGUUUUUAUGUCUUUAUGGGCAACUAUGUUUAUGGAAUUUUGGAAAAGAAAACAAGCGACACUCGCGUGGGAAUGGAAUCUCGCUGAUCUCGAUUAUGGAAUGGAACAAAUUAGGCCUGAAUAUGAAAGUACAGUAAAAAAUUAUCGCCUUAAUCCAGUCACAAUGGCUAUAGAGCCAUUUCUUCCAUUUUGGAGCAAAGUAUAUAGGAUAGCAGCAGCCAAUUCAGCUGUCCUCUUUGUGUUGAGUCUCCUGCUGGGCACUGUUUUCGGAAUGAUUGUUUAUAGAAUCAUUCUGGUGACUGUGCUUACAGCGAGCGAUCAUCCAAUCUGGCAACCGUACGCCAAAAUCACCACAUCCAUCACAGCAUCUUUGUUGAAUCUAGUCGUCAUCGUCAUUAUGGACAAGGUUUAUCGAGAACUUACUGCCAAACUGACGGAUCUUGAGCAACCACGGACCCAAAGAGAAUAUGAAGAUAGCUUCACUUUCAAAAUGUUUUUAUUCGAAUUCAUCAACAUGUAUUCAUCUCUUAUAUACAUUGCAUUUUUUAAAGGCAGGUUUUUUGGUCAUCCAGGGCACACUUUUACAUUAUUUGGAUUUAGACAAGACCAGUGCGAACUUGGAGGUUGCUUGUUUGAAGUAUGCGUGCAGUUGGCCAUUAUAAUGGUGGGGAAACAGAUUUUGAAUAAUAUAUCCGAGCUUUCUUGGGCAGAGAUGAUGAAUUGGUGGAAACGGUGGUGGCGGACGCGAGACGGUCCUAAAGAUCGCAAAGCUACAACUCGUUGGGAGAUUGACUAUAAUUUAUUGGAAUGUGACAGGAUGGCGUUGUUCGAUGAAUACCUCGAAAUGGUUAUACAGUUUGGCUUUGUGACACUUUUCGUCGCGGCUUUUCCUUUGGCUCCUUUGUUCGCUUUACUGAAUAACAUCGUCGAGAUUCGCUUGGACGCUUACAAGUACGUCACACAGUUGAGAAGGCCUCUGUCAGCACGAGUGCCGAACAUUGGUGCCUGGCAGACAAUUCUCAAAGGAUUAUCUGUGUUUGCCGUAAUUAGUAAUGCGUUUAUGAUCGCUUACACGAGCGACUUUAUACCCCGCCUGGUGUACAUAUUUGUCACAAGUAAAGAUCAAACUCUUAACGGAUAUAUCAACAAUUCUCUUUCCUACUUCGAUCCCGAAGAUUUCACUGAUGACACAAGACCAAUGAAUUCAUCGCUGAAUGAAACUGGACUCAUGUGUAGGUACCAGGAUUAUCGAAAUCCUCCCAAUGAUCCUGAAGAGUACCAGUUAAACAUGAAGUACUGGCACAUCUUUGCAGCAAGGCUGAGUUUUGUGGUUGUCUUUGAGCAUUUAGUCUUCUUCGUCACCAGUAUCCUGGCAUAUAUGAUUCCUGACAUUCCAAAGUCCGUGCAACAAAAAAUUAUGAGAAAACGCUAUUUGGCCAGAGAGGCUUUGUACAAAACAGAGGCCGAGGAGGCAAGAACUGUGUUGGAAGGUUCAGUAGAUGGUGAUAAUGCAGCUUUACCUUGCUGACAACGAAAAUUUUCUCGAAUCAGGCCAUGUUCGAGUUUCCAACAAGAGACUGCAUUUUCAAUUAGUCGACCUUGAUAACUGCAAUGCAAUCGUAAUUUGACCUGUACAGAUGAAAUUCAAUUUUUUUAACAGAUCAUUCGUUUGCGCGCAUGUGAAAAUUCUUUCGAUUUUAAAUAUUUGACGUGCACUUGAGACCUAAUCCUCUAAAUGACAAGUUUUUGAAUAGAAACUCUUUGUAAACAUAACCUGUGCAGUGAAAACUCAAAUCAAUAACAUAAAAAAAUGUAUUCGCAUAUUUUUUCAAAAAGAUUCCUGCAUUUCGUAUAGGUUUAGAUCCUGUUGUUACUAAAUAAUCGUUUUUAUUACUUUUUUUAUUUUUUCGUUCCUCACAUUUCCCUUUCAGAUGCAAACAAUUCUGAAAACGCUCUGGUAUGCUAUGUAUUCAGGGCAAAGUGUUUUUUUUUUAAUCUGUGAACUGUGUUAGUUGUAAAUAUUCAACUUAACUGAAUAUAGACAACAUUAUUCAACUACAGUUUUCUCAUUUUAAAGUUAAUGGAAUUAUUUUUUUAAUGAAAAGAGAGCUUACGUAUUUAUUGUUGAAAGGUUAUGAAAACUACAUGAUUUAAAAAUGUGCGAUUAUUAGCGUUUCUUUAAACAUUGCAUAUUAUACAGUACACUUGACCCUGGGAGGGGAGGAAAAUAUGUCUGGUUGAUGCAACAGCGGUGGACGGCUUAUCUAUUAUCGGAGUCAGCCUUUUUGAGUAAAAAAUCAGUCCUUAGCUACCUAACACUUUUGUUAAAAAAUGAUAAGUAAAGGAUUAUUAAUGGAUAUAGGAAGUGUUAUUUGCAUCUCUAACAAAAAAUUAUUUGGAAGAAAAUUAUGAACAUAUGGUAAAAAGAAAAUAUAUUUUUAAAAUCGAUAUAUUUCUGUAUUAAAAAAUAAUAAUUAAACAUUUAUUAAUGAAUAUGACUGUUUUUUUUUUUUCUUAACAAUUAUUAUGCUAUACUUAUUUCCUAAAAUAAACAUGCAGACAUACAGCCGGGAUGACUAAUUGCACAAUCCUCAGUCGACACAUCGACUUUAAUUGUUACAGUAUUUUGCCCUGUGAAAUUUAUAACAAGCAAUAAUCAAAAGGGAGAAAGAUGGCCUUGCAUACAUAUUAAUCCAUUUUUGCAUUCGUGUUCUAAAUUAGAAUGUUACAUUUUUGGUAUUCUAUAAUUUAUCUAUUUUUGAAUUUAACAAGGAGGUGAACUUAUAAUCCAAAAAAAUCAUUAGUAGAGCUGAAUGAGAGAAGUGCUAAAUUUUUCAUCUCUUUCCCUGAUGCUCAAAUGAUAGCUAGUGGUCAUUAAACUGGUCAGAAAAUCCUAAUAUACUUUGCUGUGUAAAUGUAUAUGCACAUGAUAGGCAGUGGAACAAGGUAUUACAACAAGGUAAUUAGGUAUUAAAACAAAAACGAAAUGAGGUAAAUAAAGGGUAUUUCAAAAGUAACGCAGGAUUUAAAUUUACGAAAUUAAUCUUUAUUUACGCAUGAAUUGGCAAAGUCGAGACACAUUUUGAAAGAGCAACAACCCUAUUAAAUAUGGAAAAUAAUAUCCAGUAAAUGAUCCUUACGUCUUAUAUGACAUUCGAGCAAUAUUUUAACAAAAUUUGCAAAUCACAUUUUCGUAGACUUGUGACUCAGUUGUUGAGAUAAAACAUGUUAUAUUUCUUCUUUAUAUUUAGGAAUGGUUGGUAUGCGUUUGCUCAAACGUUGGACAUUUCAGAUCUCCAGAGGUAAAAGUCACAAGUUCGCAUGACUUGACUUGUGUCGAAUGGAAAGAGAGUGACAGCGCGCGAUAGCUCGCUUUUACUUUGCAUCAGAUAAAAGAAUGUCUGGAACAAGAAAAGAAUGAGAAGAAUCAAGAUGGUAGAAUGGGAUAUUUCACGUAGCCGCCAUCAGUCGGCGAGGAAAGAUGUAAUGAAUGAAAAUAGACAUGCAAUGUGAAUUCUGUCGUCAACUGUGAUCGCUGUUGCGCACAAUUAGCCGCCUAUGAAAUUUCUUCUGUAACGGCUCAAUUAGUUUUGCGCUACGCAUGAUUUGUGGCGCCACCCUCUUGAAAGAACAUCUAAUCAGCAUCAAAGCCAAAGUCCAUUGCUUCCAAUUAUGGUAACAAAAAUGCUGUUAUGGUCUCACGAUAAUGCUCCAAUGUUUUUCCAUCAUGCUUAACUCUCAACCAACCGGAAUAUAAUGUCUACAAUAUAUCUUUCAGAAAGCCUUGCCAAUGCAACGGAAAAAUGUAAAUCCUGCGUUAAUUUUGACACAAUUUUACAUUUAUUAUUAUAAUACUUUUUAAACUUUGAAGCAUGAAGUAAUGAAUAUUUUGGAUUUAAAUCUUCGUCUGAAUUGGUUUUAUAACAGAGAAAUAAAGUUUAUUAAUAAUAAAGAAACGGGAUUCAUUAUUACUGAAUAAAUUAUGUCAUGAGUUAUGAAAGAAGAAAAGGCAUAUCUUCUGCUUCUCACUGAAUAUUCAAAAUCUUAAAUUAUAACAAAUUUAAAAUAAAGUUCCGUAUUUCGGUUUCAUAAAUAAAACUGCCUCUGGAAAUUUGAAAUCUAGACAACGAGAAGUAUGAAAUAAUAAAAAUGCAUUUAAAUAUUAAAAGGAAAUAAUAAUAAUAAUAAUAAUGAAUCUGAAAUUUAUAUUUAUAAGAAACAAAAUUUAACUAAACAGACUGCAGAUUGGUCAAAUUAUUUUUAAAAAGAAGAAAGAAAAAGAAAGCUUAAAUACGUUUCAUCACUCUUAAAUAUAAUUAAUUGAAUCUGACUUAUGCGUUUUCUAACAUACUUAAAUAUGCAACUAAAAUGAAAGUAUACUAAAAUUAUUAAAUGCGUUUUAUCAAUAUCCAAUUCAAUUGGGUCUAAUACAUAUGUUUCUAACAUACUUAAGUAAGCAUCUGAGACUGAAUUGUUGUAAAUUAAAAUGUAAGUUUUUCUGCAAACCUUAUCGCCAUUGUUAUAAAAAUAUUAAAGCUACAAGCAGAGCAAACAAUCGACUUUUUUAAUGAAACCAAUCGGGCAGCCGUAAAAUAAACAAAAGCCCUAGCGUUUACAAGGAAUAAGAUUAAAUUCUCUAUGAAGUUAAUACCUUAUGCUUACACUUAUACCUUAUGCUUUCAUUGAAAUUCGGAUAAUACUGAAUUCGAUAAACUCUCCUUAUCUUACAAGCCCAUGAAUCCAAGAGGUUGGGAUAACACAAUUUUAGUUAUUCAGGAAAAGAAAAUUUUUUCUUCUUUAAUUUUUUUAUCCCAAAUUUAGCGUAACAAUAUUAUCUCUCCUAUUCCAAGCAUAAAUAAAACGCGUUCUAUUAGUAAAAAAUGAGGAAACAAAUAUGAUUAAGAAGUGUUAAUCAUGAUUGUGUUAUAUAUAAUUAACAAUGAAUGUGGUGGUGUAAAAUUUCUUUGCUCAAUUAAGUAACUGAUGCGAUGACCUUUUUGGCGUAACUAUUAUCUCGAGCAUUAUGAACUCAUAAGUAAAUUUAUGUCUAUUUUAUUUCUUCGUAUAUAGGCUAUCCUCCGCUUCAUAAGACUUCGCUUUUAAAAAAUAUCCGACAUUCGUACCAUUUUCAUUCAUGAAAGAGAUCUGAAGAUUUUCGUUUUGCUUUCGCAAAAAAAAAGGGAAACAAAAAAAGAUAUUCAACAUUUGUUUUAUGCAGUGAAGAAAAAUGUCUCUUUUAAUGUGAAAAGAAUGUAAAUUUAGGGCAGUUUUACUAAAUGUUUAAAUUUCCUAUAAAAAAAAAACUAUUUGCUAAGGGAAAAAAAAUGCAUUAGUCUUCACUAAUCAUGGCGCACUUUUAUCAAGCCUUUCUUAUCCAAGACUGGCCACGGAGUCGGUACACAUCAGACAGCGCGACGGCAAAAUGUAUGAGCCUCGUAGAACGCACUGGCUCUCUAUCAGAUGCAUCGAAAUAGAAACCCCAACUUUCGAUAGUGGGAACAGACAAGCAGAGAAAUUUUAAAUGUGGCUAUCUCACAGACAGAAAUGACAAUCUUUCUCUCCUGCAGUCUAGUCUCUGGCGAUCUCCAACAACUCUGUGAUCAGUAUUCAGUUUGUAUUCCCCUCUCUUUUAGUUUUCAGAGUGUUAGUUUAGUUAGGGUGAAACUGCUCUGCAUUUUCUAUUUGUACUUAUUUAGGUUGCAUUAUUUGCCACUUCAUUGUACUUUCAGUACUAUUUUAGGUUUGAUGAGUUAUUUAGUACAAUUUGAUAGUUAGCUUAUACAGAUCUGAGAACGUUUAAAAACUUUUCCCAUUUCAGUUGAUAAUAUAUAAUUGCUUAUUCGCCUUACACCAUUUGAGCUUGCAGAAAAUCUCAUAACGAUGCUCUACUUCCAUCAAAUGGGACAAAGCUAUAUAUAAUUAGUAUUUAAUGAAAUGAUUAAAUUUCAUUUUAACGCAAACUACGAUCGGUUGUUUCUCUAGAUAUAAGAAAGAAUUGAGCGAAAUAUAUCUUUCAGGCAAAAGAAAAUAAAUACAUAGUAUUCGAAUUACGGAGAUACUUGCACAUCAAGUGAAGAUUAACGUAUAAAUGAAUACUUAGCAUUAAGUUUAUUUUGCAGAAUCGCAAAUCUCUUUUACAGAAUACUUCCAGUAAUGUAAUAAAGGAAACAUUUCAGCUCAUGCAUUUGCAUUAAUUCAAUUUUACCGUUAAAUGGCAGAAAAUAGAUCAUUUAUAUCCUUAUUCUUUGGCAAGUAUCUUAGGCGUUUGUUAAAACGUUUCCUUUGUCCGCUGAUCUUCCAUUUUAUACUGUGCCAGCGAUGAUUUCCACUUCGCUAAUCUCUUCCUUGCCAUUAAGUGCUAACAUUUUACUUUUUAUAGCAUUCUGAGUAAACAUUUUCCUUUUCAAGCGGAUUUCUCCUUUAAUAAACAUCGCAGUUCUUAAGUUUCCUUUAAAUUUUAAAAGGAAACAUUCAGUGCAUUAAGAGCUAACAAUGACAAAGAAUCAUUUAUGAGACGCACUCCUUAAUUUUUUAGGUAAAUUGGGACUUUUCAUGUUCUGCAACCAUAACUGCUAUGUGAUGUCUGUGAGUACUGCGCUGUAAAGGUUAGAAAAAAUAAAGUAUGAAAAAUAGAUAGGAAUAAACUUGAUUGAUUGCUGUGUGCGCUCCAAAUGUCAAACGAUAACUGAACUCGGUGUAUCGAUAAUAAAGUCGUCUGUCUCCUUGGCAUUAAGAGAUGUCACUGAAGUUUCUUAACAUAAGGAAAUUGCUUGAACGAAAUUAAUGGCAACAAGCAUUUUUACUAAAGACUUAAAUAAAAAUUUAGUAUACCCAUAGCUAACCGAAUUCCAUGCAUUGCACGUUCAUUUCUCUAACUGAAGCUUAUUUUUAUUCUACUGAGCAAGGGGAGGGGGAAGGAAUUAAGAUAAUACUGAAAUGAGUUUCUUCCUUUUACAGAAGACCGAGCAAGUUCGAAUAACACUAUUUUCGGAUAGCCAGUGAGAAGUAUUUUCGGCAGCUGAAGGUCAAAGUAAAGGUAUAUAACACUUUUUAGCAGAAAUGUAUAUUAGAAUAUAUAUUUCAAUGGAUGAUUUUGUGAGUCAUUUUCCUUGGAAAAUCCCCACUUGUGAAUAUUUCACUUAAUCCUUUGAUGAGUAUGAUGUUAGCUGCUCUAGGUUAGCCGCAUUUUUCAUAGAAAUUCUGGGAAACUUCAAAAUAACGCCUUCUGCUGUUAAAACUUUGCUUGGUAGAAUUUAUAACCUUGUUUAUUAGUAGCGAUAGGGAUUAUGUCAUAUCUGAUUUUGUUGUGGGUUGAAUAUCGAACAAUGAAUCUGGUGAUAAAAAAUUGCUUUUGUCUAAAGACUAUUAUAAAACCAGGAAAUUUAAACAGAUCGGGUUUAUCAAUUUAUCCGUAUUUCUUUUUAGUGCUACCUGCCCUACUACUUGGAGGGCCUUGGAUUUAAUAGCGUUUAACGCAAUAUUGCUAGAUUGACAUUAUUUCGAUUAUUAUUGAAAUGGCAAUUAAUUAAAAUUUUGUAUGUACUAUUAUAUUUAUAUAUGAUAACCCUCGUGUCUUUUGCCAUAUUAAGCACAAAAAAAUACUAUUUUAUAUGCUUACAUUAUUUUGUAAAUGCACCAACCAUUUUGUUAAUUCUGUUAGCUAAGAGUUAAUUAGCUUUCUUAAAUAGGUUUAUAUGCAACUUAGAAUUUAGAUUUGAUAUGUCUAAAGGUAAAUGUUUCUAGUAUGUUAAAUAAUUUGCCGUUAAUAAAAAGGGCUUGGAUGCUUACCUUAUCAAAACAUUUUAACGUUAACAGGUAAAAUGAAAAUACUGUUAUUACUAACAUAGUUUAUGAAAAGAAACAUUUUAAAAGAAAUGAGAUAUUUUAUGGUAUUAUAUUUUAAUAUUAAACUUCACGAUUCGUUUCUAGUUUUGUUUUUUUAACUCGUGCAGUAUUUAAAUGAAAUAAAGUUUCUGAUCCACAUUUUUAACGGUAAUGUAUCGAAAAACAUGUUUUUCUAAUCUGUAAAUAGAUGCGGUCAUUUUUUAAUUAAUAUUUCGAAUGCAUUUUCCUCCUAACCUUACAUUUGCGUCACGCAGCCAACUUUUUUUUUUCCGCCCUUAUACAUCAACCAACGUGAUGUUAAAAUUUAUCAAGUAUCUUUAAAGUAUUGGAAUAGAUAUAAAGAAGAUUCAUUACAUAUUCUUAGGCUGAUUACUUUGUAAAAGUUUUCUGCGCUCUAAAGAGAGAUACAUAGAUUGAAGUUCACAUCAUGUUGUUAGAAAAGAAAUGUUGCUAUUAUUUUUCUUUCGCCUAACAUUGAAACUGACUCACUUUCAUGAACCAAAGUACCAUAUUUUGUAAAUGGACUGAUCAUUUUUGCCCAUGCGCAGAAUGCAUCAGGAAUCUGUUAGCAGUAUGUGAAUAGUACCUAGCCGAUUUCUUUUCUAUAUUUCGUAAUAUCUGAAUGAAUUACAUUGAACUUCAUAUAAAUAAGACAAUAUGUGAAUUGAUGUUUUAAGUCGAGGGAUAAAACCAACGUUAAAAUCAUUAACACGCAAUUUAAUUUCAAGAAGAAGCUUAGCCCGUCAAUGAGGAAUUGAACGUGCAGGCCACAUUUGUUGAUGUGUCUUAAAAACUGCAUAUUUUAACUAUGUCAUUUAAAACCCAAAAUGUCACUAAGCCUCAGAGCUGGAUAUGGCAUAUAACGCAUGAGCGACUGUUUUUUCAAACUUUCGUCACACAACGUUUGCUUCAUAUGAUACUGUACAUGUUAAAUUAUAUUAAAACACAGUUUCAGCUUUAUUUAAGAAAAGCGACAAUUAUCAAUUGUAUGUGACACUGAGCUUACGAAUAUGACAUGAGAAACCUCGCAUCAAGUAAUAAAUCUAAUUUAGAAUCACUUCUAUACUAACAUACCUGAAAUUUCCAUUCUGAAAAGAUUUAUCUUUAUAAUUAUAUUAUUUCUCAUAUGUCAGGAAAAGAGGAAAUGUAAUUUAAGAUAAAUUAGAUUAUUAGAUUCGUUUUGAAUUAAAAUCGCUUGCGCUUUAUCUCUGUGUAGAAUAGAAUUUUUCCCAUACUAAUUUAAAAUCCGAAUGCACAAUUAUUUUUUGUUUCAUUUCAUUCAUUAGUUUUGAAAACAUGUCUAACAAACUUAUAACCUAUUCACAUAGCAGUUACUACCCGCGGCAGAGCUAAGAAAUCCAAAUUAAAGACAGUUAAGUGUAAGUCAAAUUUUAAAUAUCUAUGGCUCUUGCUCUUUUUUCGCCGAUAUGAACAAAUUUAUUAGCUCGGACGCGUGUCAUUAUUAAGGGCGAUGUCGAUUUUAAUUAAAAGUAUCUAAUUUUUUAUGUUAUUAAUCUAAAUUUUAUAUUUCCAUAGGUAUAGGAAAUUUUAUCAAAAACUAUCCUGUUUUUUUAAUUAUUAUUAUUUAAUUUGAUUAUUUUCUUGAUCAAGAGCAAAGAGGCAUUAUUUUUUAUAGUUCUUUUUAAACUAAUUGCAAUAAAAAGAAACUUUUCUUUUGGCUUUAUUGAAAACCGUGAGCGCUUUCAUUUUCUUUCUAAAUUUAUUUUACUAUGUUCAAGUUAAAAUAAUACAAAAAAUGCAGUAAUUAAUCAGAUAAUAAACACUCGACAUUACUACUACAUUACAUUACAUUUUACUAUUAAUUCUGAACACAUUCUUAAUUAUACUUUGAAACUAAACAUUUGUUACGGGAAAAAAAGACUGAAGAAUGUUUAAUAAGUUGCCAACUUAUAAAGUGAAAUAUUUUGUUAAAAUUUUUGUUUAAAAAUACAAUAAAUAAUCAGUUAAUUAAUGUACUUAAAACAAAAAUUUAAUUUUCCCGAAAUUUUGUUUAAUGACAUCACAUUUUAGUCAUUGAAAAAAUUUAAUUAAUUUAUUUAAAUUAAAUUAAUUAACUGUUCGUCAAUGGAUAAUUUUGUGUAAUUGAAAAUCGGAAUGUUUUGCUUAUGCACAUCAGAACUCUCAACCUCCCUCCCUCCUCGUGGACGACGUGGAGAUAAAAAAUUUAAAAUAGGUCACUGUGUGGAAAUAAAGUGCAAAUAAUAAGUUGCUCCUAAGUAAAUCAUAUAAAACAUUUUCCUAAAUCUUUUUAUGGUGAUAUUAUUUAAUUAAAUAAUUAUUCAUUAAAGCUUGUAUUAUAAUAAAACAUCCAAAUUUCUCAAGCUUCAAACAAGAAGUAAAGUAAAUUCUCUAAAUCAAUUCUGUCGGGAAAAGAAAGGCAAAUUUUAUAGGAUAUACUACAAAUAAAUAGCUGCUGUUCUAUUUUUGCCAAGUUUCUUGUGCAUUAUUAACUUAAAUUUGCUUUUCCAAAUAUUGUAAGGCUAAAAGGUAAAUAUUUUGAAAAGAUUUUUUUUUUAAUUUUAAUUAUUUUUGUCGGAAAAAUAUGGAUAAUUUUUACCUAAUUAUAUAGUUACGUUAAUAGAUUUCUGUCUUAAUAUGUACAGAAUAUGUAGAUAUUUUCAGAGUCUGUGGUUUUACAGUGUUAAACAAAACAUAAUUUUCCUAAAAUGAGUAUCUGACUUCGAGUUUGGUUUACAUCAACCAAACUCGAAUAAGAAAAAAAAAAAAAAAAAAAAAAAAAAAAAAAAACGAUUUUUAUAGAAACGAGAUUGAAUUGUAAAUAUAACGAUAAUACCGAUACUUAUGGAUGCGAAACAAUACCUAUUCGAAAGCUAUUCAAAAGUUAAAAUUUUAUUGCCUGUAAAAAGUAUGAAAUAUUUAUUUAAAAAGUAUAGUGCCUUUUUUCCUCGCCAAAUUGAAAUCGUUCACUAGACCUAAAUAUCCAUUUUUGACUUGGAUACCUUUGCAUAGACUCUAAUCUUAUUCCCCAUUCUUAAAAUAUCUCAAAUAAAGUAAUUUCGAGACACAUAAAUUAAGUCUAUAAAUUAGUAUUCCUUCUUAAGUAAUAAACAUUAAUCAGGACAUUAUAGAUUACUUGACUUGUAGAGGCAAAAAUGAUGUAUCGCGUAAAGCGCAUAAAAAGUGAAAAAAAAAACCUCUUGGAAUAUAAUACACAGGGAUUUAAAGUGAUUCUCAUUUCAUUAAUUUACGUGGAAAAAUGUAGACAACAAAUUAUUAGGUUUGUAAUUUUUGUGAUCAUUUUAUCCCUUUAAAAUAAAUAGGAAAUCAAGAAAAGCAAUAAACAAUAACUAUUUUCAUCUGUGUCAUACCAUUAUGAAACAAUAGCUGCACCUCGAAAUAUGGCAGCUCUCUCGUGUACUCAAAUUAACAAAAGCAAACUUUCAAUUCGAAUUUUUGCUUUGCACUGUAUGGCUCUGUCAAAUCGAUUGCAUGCUGUAUAUUAUGGUCAAACUAAGACAACUCCAAUACCAGUCAUUUAAUAUUGGAAUUUUUCUUUUAUUUCCUUAUUUUGGGUUUAAAAAUAGUAAUUUACCUUGAAAAUCUUUGGUUAGCACUCGAAGAGUGCAAAUUUAGUUAUUGAUUUUAAACCUAAAUGUUGUUUGUCGUUUCCACUGAGACGGAAACUUUCGCGCUGAAAGACGAUAUUUUCGAAAGGUUGUUCUCUGAUUCUUUUUCAGUUAUAUUUCUCAUAAUUCGAAACUUUUAUCAUGUUAUUCGAUGAGGGGUAGGGCUAUGGCGCCCAGGCACCCUGGUGGUUAAGCACCGCAGUUCACAGCAGUUCGUAAUAAUCGUAUAUUGAUUAUUGCUUAACGUCAUAAUAAGCAAAAAAUAAAUAAAAUCAUAAAUAUAAACAAAGCAAUUAUUGAAUUCUUCGAUCUUCCUCAAGGCCAAUAUUUAUGCCACUAUGUUAAGAAUAAACAGAUUUGUUUUUAAAUGAUAUCCAGCUGGAAAUGCGUUGGUUGUAAUAUACAAAUGUACAAUCAUUAGAUGCAUUUAAACUUCCGUAAAUAUUAGAAACGAUUUCUAGGUGUAACACUUACGUUGGAUAAUCAUGGCGGCUAAGAACUUUUAUAAGGUAUACAGAUUUCAGAAUACUUAAGAAUCUAACGCUUUAUUCGUGCCAACGAUUAAAAUGACACUUUUUAUGUGUCUGAAAUUCCUUGUCAGCUGUGCAUGUCUUGAAAGCCUAUCGGGCAAAAUAAAUUCACUUAUUUCUAUAUAUUGUUUUAGAAAUUAUGUACAUAAUAUUCUUUCAAUAAAGUAAAUUUCUCAUUGAUCA